AUGAAGUGGUACCAAGAAUUAUGUGAAUCAAACCCUAUGUAUAAAGCUUUUGAAACUGGGCAAAAAGGAAGUUGGUUUGUUCGUGAUGAUAAUUACUCUAGAGUUAAAGGAAUGUCUGACAUCGAUGACAAGACAUUUGUACCCAUAAUUCCUGGUUAUUCUAUAAUUUCUUAUAUUGCUAAGUCUUUUUUCCGAUUUACUAUUGAAAAAAAUGAGGAUAAUUUAUUAAAUUUUUUAUGGGUGGAUUAUGCAGAAGACAGAACUCUAACUAAUAUUACACAUCAAUCUUCAUCUAAUGAAUAUUUUUCUUCUUUUCACAAAUAUAUAAAAGGUAAAAAAAAAGGGAAUCAUUCGAUACCUAAUAUAUUAGGAUUGAAUAAUGCAACAAAUAUAAAAUAUCUUAGAGCUGCAGUAAUUCAAAAACAUCCUGAGGCUUUUACCAACCUCAUAGACAAAAAGAUUCUGAAGGCUGAAAAGAUGACCAAGUCUGUACAAAAUCAGAUGAAAAGAAAAGGGGGGUUAAUUGUAAAAGAAAUAAUUAAUUCAGAUGGUGGUACUUCAUCACACAAACUUACAGAUGUAAAGUCUGGAGUAAUGGUUGAUGUUGAUGGUCUAGAAAUAGAUAAGGAUACUGCACAAGGCUUAUUGGUUGGUUAUGUUGAAUAUAGACAGAAAUAUUACCAGACAAAUAAAAAAUUAAAAUGGGCUAAAGAAACUGUGAUUAGAGCUCACAAAACCACCAACAAAAAUGAUGAUGAUCUGAUAGAACAAGAAUAUAUUGAUGCUGCUGUUCAACAAGCAAUACAAAACAACAGACUUGGAUCUACUAUAUUUAUUAACACGAGAGAAUAUUUUAAAUUACUUUUGGGGCAACCCUGCAUGAAUUGCAAAAAUAAAUCAAUUGAUAAUAAGAUAUGGGAAAUAUACAAUGUUG